GCCUCCUUGCAACGGAUGGAUGGCGUGAGCACGUCGCCAUCCUCCGUAACGGCGACCGCGACCAUAAGAGAGAAGCCAAAGCCUGCCCCGGCGGCAACCGCCCCCGCCUCCCUCUAUCUCGCAGUUCUUCGUCCCUCCGGCUCCCCUUCGCCUUCUCUCUCUCUCUACGCCACGGGCCCGCGCGCAUCGCAGCCAGAGCCAGGCACGACGGCGCCGUCGCGCAUGCAGGAGGUGUCCGUCGAGCCCGGCCGUCGGCCGGCGCAGCAGCCGCACCAUCAGUUCGCGGGCGUCGACCUCCGCCGACCCAAGGGGUACGCCACGGCGCCGGUGCAGGAGGCGACACCGGCGGUCAAGGUUGCCGAGGGCGGGGACCCGUGCCCGCGGUGCGCGUCGCGGGACACCAAGUUCUGCUACUACAACAACUACAACACCUCCCAGCCACGCCACUUCUGCAAGGGCUGCCGCCGCUACUGGACCAAGGGCGGCACGCUGCGCAACGUCCCCGUCGGAGGCGGCACCCGCAAGAAGCCCUCGUCGUCGUCCUACGCGGCGGCGGCAGCAGCAGCAGCAGACGCCGACAACAAGCCGCCGAAGAAGAAGCCCGCCAGCAAGAAGCGCCGCGUCGAGGCGCCGGUCCCGGAGCCCGCCGCUGCCGCAGACGCCAGUGGUGUCACAGACACCGUCGCCGCCGCCGACUCCGCCAAGACGACGACGACGACGACCACCACCACCACCGACGGCGCCAGCGAGAUCACCACGGAGACUGAGGCGGCGGUCGCCGUGGCGGUUCCAGUGGCGGAGGAGGACUCCGAGUCCCUGGCGCACCUGCUGCUGCAGCCUGGGGCGGAGGAGGCCGUCUCGCUCGGUCUCGGGCUCUCCGACUUCCCCUCCGCCGCCGGGAAGGCGGUGCUUGACGACGACUCGUUCGUGUGGCCCGCGGCGUUCGACCUGGGCACGUGCUGGGCCAGCGCCGGGUUCGCCGACACGGACCCCGCCAGCCUCUUCCUCAACCUCCCGUGACAUGGUCGCGGGCGGCGAGGCGUCCUCCUGCUCUGCUCAGCUCAGCUCAGCUCAGGUGUGGGUUUUGCGGCCGACGACCUGGUUGAGCCCGAUCAAAGGAGUGAAACUGAAUGUUUUUCUUCUCUUCUCUUCUCCUCUCCUCUUGUGGCAGUUAAUUAAUUUAGUGGUACAUGACGAGUUGACGGCAUGGUUCUUACUUUUGUUGGGGGUAUAAGUAAGUAAGUAGAUGAUUAUGAUGAUGAUACUAGUAGUUUUCUAGUAUGUGUGACGUGAGAGAUGAUCGUGACGACGACGACGACGACGACCUUGAUUUUUAGCUUUCUGAGAAGGUCAACUAGUGGCCUCUGUAUGAUUUUAGUUUUUUUUUUUUCUCACUCAUGAACUCAUCAGACGGCUAUUGGCUAACUCAUCAUCAACAGCUUCAUUUCUACUCUUAUCUGGGGUUGGGGUUGUCUAUAAACUAGACUGAGCUUUGUUGUUUG